AUGGCCCCAAAACUUACGGGUGCGGAUAUCGCCAAGCACGACUCCAAGGACUCGUGCUGGGUUAUCGUCCACGGAAAGGCGUACGACGUCACCGAAUUCUUGCCAGAGCACCCUGGUGGUCAGAAGAUCAUUCUGAAGUAUGCUGGCAAAGAUGCAACGGAAGAGUUCGACCCGAUUCACCCUCCGGAUACCCUUGACAAGUAUCUGGACAAGUCGAAACACCUUGGCGAGGUCGACAUGGAGACCGUUGAGCAGGAGGAGAAGGCGCACGACCCUGAGGAGGAAGAGCGCCAGGAGCGCAUCAAGCUAAAGCCCAGUCUGGCGCAGUGCUACAACCUGCUCGACUUUGAGGCUGUGGCCCGGAGAGUCAUGAAGAAGACCGCGUGGGCCUACUAUUCUAGUGGUGCGGAUGAUGAGAUUACGAUGCGUGAAAACCACAAUGCCUUCCACAAGAUCUGGUUCCGCCCACGGAUCCUGGUCGACGUCGAGAAGGUAGACUACUCGACCACGAUGCUGGGCACCAAGGUCGACAUUCCUUUCUACGUGACCGCUACUGCUCUGGGGAAGCUCGGUCACCCUGAGGGUGAGACGGUUCUCACCAAGGGUGCUCACAAGCACAACGUCAUCCAGAUGAUUCCCACGCUGGCAUCAUGCUCGUUCGACGAGAUUGUCGAUGCCCGCCAGCCCGACCAGACGCAGUGGCUGCAGCUGUACGUCAACAAGGACCGGGCCAUCACGAAACGAAUCGUCGAGCACGCAGAAGCCCGUGGCUGCAAGGGUCUCUUCAUCACAGUCGACGCGCCCCAGCUCGGCCGUCGGGAGAAGGAUAUGCGAUCCAAGUUCUCGGACGUGGGAUCGAACGUGCAAUCUGAGACUGGCGACAACGUGGACCGUUCCCAGGGUGCGGCGCGCGCCAUCUCCUCGUUCAUUGACCCGUCCCUGUCCUGGAAGGACAUCCCAUGGUUCCUUUCCAUCACCAAGAUGCCCAUCGUGCUGAAGGGUGUCCAGUGCGUCGAGGAUGUCCUCCGCGCCGUCGAAAUUGGUGUCCACGGCGUCGUCCUCUCCAACCACGGUGGUCGUCAGCUCGACUUUGCCCGCUCCGCCAUCGAGGUUCUGGCAGAAGUGAUGCCCAUCCUGCGCGAGCGCGGCUGGGAGAACAAGAUCGAGAUCUACAUCGACGGUGGUAUCCGCCGCGCCACCGAUAUCAUCAAGGCCCUCUGCCUGGGUGCCAAGGGCGUUGGUAUCGGCCGUCCCUUCCUGUACGCCAUGUCGUCAUACGGCCUCGAGGGCGUCGACCGCGCCAUGCAGCUGCUGAAGGACGAAAUGGAGAUGAACAUGCGUCUGAUCGGCGCCAGCAAGAUCGAGGAUCUGAACCCCAGCAUGGUCGACGUCCGCGGCUUGGUUGGUGGUCACCACGCCGCCGUCCCGUCGGAUACACUGGGCUUGGGCGUCUAUGACCCGCUCGUAUCGCCCCGAUUCAACGAGAAGCCCAAGUUGUAA